CGACACAUUAGUGCGAUCCGUCUCUGCCUCAAAGCAAGGGUCUUCUACCAUGAUGCGUGUUUAACAGGCGAGCUGAUAGUUAGACAGCAUUUAUACUGUAAAACAGUUUCAUUUUAUAUCCAUGACAAUUGCUUAUUAUUCAAAAAGGUUGUUUUAUAUGCAGCUGUAAGAUGUUCUAAACAGCGUAAUGACUUUAAAGUUAUAUGCAACCCUCAAAAUGUGUCUUUUCUAGCGAAAUGCUUUUAUUCUCUACAAGGCAACUAAGUUUUUUCCGGCUUUUAUGGUUAUUUAUGAGGAUGGGAAGGAUUAUAUGAUAAAAGCAUCCUCGCAGAAAUGGGAAAAUGGGAGUUGACAAUGGAGCCUGUUCAGGAAUGGGGUGAGGAGCAUGAAGACGGGGCAGUGUUUGGGGUCACCCUGCGCAGAGAGCCGGUCCAGCAGUCGGCCGGUCCCACAGAGGCUUUCGUUCAGUACCGAACAUGUAAAGUCCGCAGGUUAAAAGCGGCAACGCUGGACAAACUGGUCUCUCACCUUCUGGACCCCUGCUGUCAGGAGCAAGACUACGCCAGGAUCCUGCUGUCCACGUAUCGCACCUUCACCAGCUCCAACAAACUCAUCGAGAUGCUCCUCCAGAGGGACAACCUUGCCUCUGCGCCUGACAGCACCAAUUACCCCAACAGCUCUUUGUGGACUGUGCUCCAGAUGUGGUUGGAGGAGUACAGUGAUGAUUUUAGGGAUGCGCCCAUGCACUCGUCCCUGCGUCUCAUGUGCUUACAGCUGAGAGGACACCCCGCUCUCUUCCCCCUGGCCAAGCACUAUGAAGCGCUCCUCAAGAACUUCCAGGCUGAAGAUGUUGUGGCAGGUGGUCCAGUUGAGCAAACAGAAGAAUCAGACUUGAAUAAAGGGGUGAGAGACUAUGAGUCAGGUAACCUGGUGGAUUUCAUGGGUUUCUCCGUUACAGAUGUCGCUGAACAGCUCACGCGAAUGGACGCUGACCUGUUUAUGAAGGUGGUCCCUUUCCAGUGUCUGGGCUGUGUGUGGUCUCAACGGGACAAGAAGGAGAACCUCUCGCCCACUAUUUGGGCCACCAUCGCCCAGUUCAAUGCAGUCACCAACUGGGUCAUCACUUCUCUGCUCCGUUCCUCGACGUCGGUCACACAAAGAGCCAGGGUCAUUGAGAAAUGGGUUCGGAUAGCACAGGUGUGCAGAGAGCUGAAGAACUUCUCUUCUCUUAAAGCCAUUUUGUCUGCCCUUCAGUCCAACCCCAUCUAUAGACUAAGAAAGACAUGGGCUGCUGUCAGCAGAGAGGCCAUGUCUGUCUUUAAGAUCCUGUGUGAAACGUUCCCAGAUGAGGAGAACUGUGUGCUGACCAGCCGAGAAAUCUUUGAGGAUGAUGGGAGUCAAACUGAGAUGGAUAACACUACCACAAAAACAUCCAAGAGAUGCCCUCUAGCGAAACAGAUGAGCUCAGCUGGAGGGACGGUUCCUUAUCUGGGGACAUACCUUACAGUACUGACCAUGCUGGACACGGCCCUGCCGGACACUGUGGAGGGUGGCCUCAUUAAUUUUGAAAAGAGGAGACGGGAAUAUGAGAUUUUAAAGCAGAUCCGUCAGCUGCAGGCCUUGUGUUCCCAGUAUGUUUUACCUCAUCAUCCUCAGAUCGCUGCCUGGCUUCAGAGUCAGAGACUGCUGUCGGAUCAGGAGAGUUAUGAAUUUUCCAGACAGCUGGAGACUUCUCAUGACACUUCUCCAUCCAACAGCGGUUGGAGUCACCGAACUCUGGCCAAAAAGCUCUCAUCGCUCAUGUCAGGGAACGAGGGGUCCAGGAAGAACGCAGACCAGAUCAGUGUGUCCUCGUCAGGAUCCAGCGGCUCUGAGCUCGAGGAAAUAUCUGCUGCUCAAUCAGCAUCUUUUAUAUCAGCGUCUCUGUCCAGCUGUGGUCCGAACACGGAGGCGUUUCCCUCGUCUUCCUCUCCUGAUUCCUCCACCAUGUCCAGUUCAUCCUCCAGCUCUCAGCAGGACCUCAACCUGAAUCCAUCUUCCUCUUCAGCUUCAGCUGACCCUCACCUGGUCUCGUCCCACAAGCGCUCCGUCUCCAUGACCUCCCUACCCUUCUACAACAGACAGGUGGACGACUCGUGCAUCAUCAGGGUCAGCCUGGAGUUCUGCAACAAUGGAAACAUGUACAAGAGCAUCCUGUUGACCAGUCAGGAUAAGACGGCCCAGGUGAUCCAGAGAGCUCUGCAAAAACACAACCUGGAGGAUGUUAGUGAGCAGGACUUCACCCUCGUUCAAGUUCUGGCCCAAGGCAGAGAGUUGCAUAUUCCAAAAAAGGCCAACGUAUAUUAUGCCAUGUCUACAUCAGCCAACUACGACUUUGUUCUACGUCGAUGCCCUAAAGGCCAGCGGAAACAACUCAUGCGCUCUGUUUCACUGUCAUCAGGACGAGCCACAAAAUAACAGCGGAUUCAGCUUUAAUUCUGCAGGACUCAUAUUUAAU